ACAGAACUUGAGAAGUGCUUGCUUAAACAACUGGCUCAUUGCCCUGGUAACCAGCUCUGUAGUUUGCUGUAUAUAAGGACUAGCACUCAGAAGAAGCCCUGUGAAGUCCUGAAAGGCUGUUUGGCUGCUGAGAGGUCUGGAUCUGCUCUGCUUGUCCGUACACAUAUUUCACUUUCUACCAUGUGUUUUCGGGGAUGUGCAAAGUGUCUUGGUUACUCCUUGAUGCCAUUGGCAGUGUGCUGCAUUGUUGCCAACAUUUUGCUUUAUUUUCCGAAUGGAGAAACUAAGUAUGCCAACGACAAUAACCUGACUAACUUCGUGUGGUUCUUUCAUGGAAUAGUGGGAGCAGGUGUUCUGAUGUUCCUGCCUGCUGCAGUUUUUAUCAGACUGGAGCAUGACAACUGCGCCGGGUGCUGUGGAAAUGUUGCUUGCGGGGAAAGAUGUGCGAUGCUGUCCUCAGUCUUGGUGGCCCUGAUUGGAUUAGCUGGAUCUGGGUACUGCUUUAUAAUUUCUGCCCUGGCUCUGCAAGAAGGCCCAUACUGCAUGACAGGAACAACGUGGGAGUACCCUUUUGCAAAUGGAAACGGAGGGUACCUAAAAGACCACAAUUUGUGGACCAGCUGCCUAGAGCCUGCACAUGUGGUGGAGUGGAACGUCAUUCUCUUCUCUAUCCUGUUGACCCUCAGUGGAGUGCAAGUCAUCAUCUGUGCAGUGCAGAUCAUCAACGGCUUGAUUGGAGGAAUAUGUGGACCCUGCUGCUGUGGGCAGGAGUACAGCAUGAAGGCAUAAAUGUAGAAACGCAGAGACUUAAUGUAAUUCCGAAAAAAAAGGUCACUCAAAUACAGUUCAUAAGAAAUUUUGGGGACAUCCGUAAAAGAUAAAUCCCCAUCACAUGUCCACAGCUGUUGGCAUGGUCCCAGUCCCUUCUGCCAUGAAUGCUGUUCAUGGGUGACCCCUUUUUCCAAGUGAAUUUAUACUGAAUUAAUUGCUUAUUUUCUUUCACAAAUAAUGAUAUGUAAAUUCCA